AUGACAGAUCAAGAUGCAGACUAUCAGGCCUACUUGCAAAGCUUCGGAUACAAUCCUCAGUCUCCGCCAGCAAACGAGACGCCCAUGCAGCCCUUUACGGACGAGCAAUUCGCCCAGUGCGUGAAGGAUCUGACUGGGCUUGAGUUCUCUCCUCUACCCACGGAGCAGCACGCUGGCAUUUCCAACCAGCACGACCCGAUGCACAAUCAAUCAAGCGCAAACAUCCUUCCUGACGAGCAAAUGAUCGAUCCACGACUUGGCCACAACGACGCUGGUGAGGCUCAUGCGCAGCCCAGCAAUGGCUCUGUCUUGACCUACAACACCGGUCGCUUCGAGGACGUUCUCCCCGAGGACGAUCUCAGCUGGGUGCUCCGCACACCGCCUCCAUACACCGUCCCUGCUUGUCCUGACAUUCCGGAGCUCAUUGAAGCAGCAAAUUCCGCGGUCGAGCAGAACACAGGUCCCGGCCAUGAAUCGCUCAAUGAUCUCUCCCAGUGUAGCAUAUGCGGCUGGCUAUUCGAUGUCCAUGCUCCCGGGUGUGGCGUCGAAGCUACGCAGCAUCUUAUUGAUGCUGUUCUGGGAGGGUCGACGGAUGCUGGGCAGGUCCUCAUUGAUGAGUUCAUGGACGGCCAAGUCGAAGUGCAGACCCGCGGCACCAAACGACGACGAGAAUCUUCAUCGCCACCCUCCGCGAGCAAGCCAACCCAGCAAACAGCCGAAUCUUCCACUGCCCGACCCAUCAAGAGGAUGAAGGCGCCCCAUACUUUUGCAGGACCACUCAUCCCAGCCCCAGCCACUGGCAUCUACACAAACAAGUUCCACAGCACCGCCGACGCUCGAGGCUAUCUCGUCAACGGCAGUCGCAGCGCCGACCACAGUGGCAAUGCUUCCAAGAUCCAUAAAUACGCCACCAUGGUCAUGGACGCUUGUCUUGCGACACUUCCAGUCUCAUCCGCGAACGCGCAUCAGAAUCAGAUCUCGGAGGCUGUUCACAAUGCGCUUAGGCUAGCACCCUCGCGAGUGGAAGCUCAAGUCUACGUCUUCACUAUGGGGUUCUUGGAUCGUGUUACUGGCAAUACCAAUUGGGUUGCCAAAGGGAUUCGUCCGGAGGAGACGCAGCCUGUGAUACGGCUGGUGCAGCGAUUGAUGGUGGAUAAGUCGUUGGCUUUGGAUGUGGUGACCGGGAGGGCGGAGAAAGACUUGAUUGGCUUGAUGAAGGCGAUGAGGACGGGAGCAUGA